UCCUCUUUAAUUGCUUUCAGACACAACAAAGAAAGGUUUCAGACAAGAAAGAUGAAGUUCGGAAAAGAAUUGUCGUCACAAAUGGUACCGGAGUGGCAACAAGCUUACAUGAGCUACGAUUAUCUCAAAAAACUUCUCAAAGAAAUCAUCAAACUCAAACUCAGAACCAACCCUCCUCCCCAUACUCCUCCACAUCAAGCCGUUUCCGGUAAAAGACUUAGCCGCAAGAUGACUCUAUACCGAGCUUUUAGCGGCCUUGUCCAAACGCAAGGAAGGAAAAGACAAAGUUCGGGGCAAAUCAACCCUUCUCUAGAAACUGACAUUGAAGAAGGUAAUGUUUCUUUGACAAUGAAUCUACAUUUCCCAUGUAAUGCACCGAUACUCGUCAACAAAACGAGUAAUGGAUUAGAAACUAUGUUCUUGAUGACGGCAGAGGAAGGAGGAGAAUAUGAAUUGAUCUUUUUCAGGCGACUCGAUGAUGAGUUUAAUAGAAUUGAGAAAUUCUAUAAAGAGAAAGUAGAAGAAGUAAUGAAUGAUGCGAUUAUGCUUAAUAAGCAAAUGGAUGCUCUAAUUGCAUUCCGAGUUAAGGUUGAGAAUCCUAUUGGGUGGGGAUGGGAAGAACGGACUGUGGAGAUGACUCGCUUGGCCUCCAAUGUUGCUACUUCCACGGCUGCGAUUGCUGCUUCUACGCCCUCUAAAACUCGAACUGCUAAAGCUCGCAUGGAGCCGAUACAUGAAGGAGGCGGAUCCCGCACAGCUGAUCAACCCGAAGAAGAUGAAGAUCACGGUGACGAGAGAAGGAGCAGCUUGAGCAAAGCGGCAGCUGGGAGGCCAGCCCCUAUCGAGGUUCUAGACCACAUAAAGAUCAACAACACUAAGGAAACGCCUAGGUCCACCAUUAAAGGCGUUAUCCAUUCCUCGAACCAUGAGGAGAUCAAAUUCACUAGGCGUAAUCUGAAGGAAGUGGAAGAGAAGCUCAAAGUCGCUUUCGUCCAGUUUUACCAAAAGCUUCGUCUCCUCAAGAGCUACAGCUUUCUGAAUGUGUUGGCGUUCUCCAAGAUUUUGAAGAAGUAUGAUAAGAUAACUUCAAGAAACGCUUCGAAGCCUUACAUGAAAAUGGUUGACAAUUCGUAUCUCGGAAGCUCAGAUGAGCUAAUGAAACUGAUACAGCGUGUUGAAGCUACAUUCAUAAAGCAUUUCGCAAACGGUAACAGACGAAAAGGAAUGAAAAUUUUGAGACCUCUAAUGAAAAGAGAGAGACAUCGACUCACAUUCUUCACUGGUUUCUCUGCUGGAUGCAUGUUUUCUCUUAUAGUAGCUCUUGUAGCCAUCAUACGCGCCAGGAAUAUCUUUCAAGAGGAAGGCUACAAAGAUUACAUGAAUAGUGUGUUUCCUCUUUAUAGCUUGUUUGGGUUCAUUGUGCUUCACAUGAUUAUGUAUGCUAUUGAUAUAUACUAUUGGAAGCGUUAUAGAGUAAAUUAUGCCUUCAUAUUUGGGUUCAAGCAAGGAACUGAACUUGAUUACAGACAAGUUCUGUUUGUGGGAUUUAGCAUUGGAGCUUUUGCAUUGCUUUGUGUUCUUGGUAAUCUUGACAUGCAAGCAGACCCUAGAACCAAAAGUUACCAAGCACUAACCGAACUUCUUCCUCUUUUCCUUCUUGGUGCUAUGCUUUUAGUUUUAGUCUUGCCGUUAAACAUUCUCUACCGCUCAAGUCGCUUCUUCUUCCUCACGUGUUUGUUUCACUUCCUUGCUGCUCCUCUUUACAAGGUAACGUUGCCUGAUUUCUUCUUAGGAGAUCAAUUAACUAGCCAAGUACAAGCUCUUCGAAGCAUCCAGUUUUACAUAUGCCACUAUGGAUGGGGAGACUUCAAACAAAGACAAAACACUUGUGGACGCUCAGAAGUAUACAACAUUUUCAUAUACGUUGUUGCUGUAAUACCGUAUCUAUCUCGCCUCCUUCAGUGCAUACGCCGAAUGUUUGAGGAAAGAAGUCUAGAGCAAGGAUACAACGGAGUCAAAUACUUUUUAACAAUAUUAGCGGUUUGUUUAAGAACAGCUUAUGGUUUUGACAAGAACAAGAAUCAUAAGUUUAUUCUCAAAGUAUUAGCUGGUUCUGCCUCAGUCCUUGCUGCUGUUUUCUGUACAUACUGGGACUUUGUCUAUGACUGGGGACUUCUGAAUAGAACAUCCAAAAACAGAUGGCUUCGAGAUAAACUUCUCGUCCCACACAAGAGAGUAUACUUCAUUGCAAUGAUUUUGAACGUUGUGUUGAGAUUUGCAUGGCUGCAAACGGUAUUGGAUUUUGAAAUUAACUUUCUUCACACUCAAACUGUGCUUAUGGUUGUGGCCUGUCUUGAGAUUAUUCGCCGUGGGAUAUGGAAUUUUUUCAGGCUAGAGAAUGAGCAUUUGAAUAAUGUGGGGAAGUACCGAGCUUUCAAGUCAAUUCCAUUACCGUUCAGCUACGAUGAAGAUGAUGACAAGGAUGACUAACAUGUCUGCAGAAAAACGUCAACUGACAUUUACUUAUACAUUUUGAACAUACAAAAUUAAGUUUUUAUAACAAAAAUUAUUAUUGUUUAUACAAAACUGAAAGCCCAUAUAUCAAAACGCAUAGCCAAUUAGGGUGUAGAGAUUUUUUUUUUUUUUUUGGCGUUAGCUUGUCUGGCAAAACAAAUGAUGUGGCUAUAAUGUUUGGUGGAAUUUUAGUAUUGUAACAUAUAUUUGCACUCUAUUUUUUUUUAACACAUACUCAUUGAUGGGUCAUUGGCUUA